CAUACCUUUCAAUUGAUGUAAUUUGACUUAGUUUGGUUCCUGUCCUAGUGCCUACAUUUUGUGAAGCCCCCACAUAAAUUACUGGCUUGGGUGUCCCACGGCAUCAGCUCCACUCCUCUCCGAUGUGCUGUCUCUGCAGUUGCCUCGUUAUCAUGUGAGAGAUUUAUUUUUCCAUAGUGGGUCUAAUGUUUCUCCUAGUGCUUGCAUGCACACGCUCACACACCCUUUGGUGUAUGUGCUUGUAAACGUACCUAGUACACAGAAGUAACCGAUGAGAAGGUCAGCCAUAUUCUUGGUGAAUUCCUCUGUAAGCUUCCUGGGAAAUAUUUCAGCUGACAGCUGAGAUACCAGCAUGGCCUGGGGACUCCAGACUUGAGGCAAACCCUUCCUAACCUGAAAAACUUCAUGGAGCAUGGACUCAUGGUCAGAUGUGACAGACAUCACACCUCCAGUGCCAUCCCUGUUCCAAAGAGACAAAGCUCCAUGUUUGGGGGUGCAGAUGUAGGCUUCUCUGGAGGUACCCCUUCACCAGACAAAGGACAUCGAAAACGGGCCAGCUCAGAGAAUGAGAGACUCCAAUACAAAACCCCUCCUCCCAGCUACAAUUCAGCGUUGAUACAGCCUGGGGUGGUCAUGCCUACCACGGGAGACUCUGAGAGGAAGGCCAUGCCACUCUCCUCCUCCUUGGACACCUCCCUGGACUUCUCCAAAGAAAAUAAGAAAAUAGGAGUCGACCUGGGCAACAGUGUAAGUGGAGACCAUGGAAAUUCGGACUCCAGCCAACAAGGGGAAGCCCCGCCUGGGCAGCUGGCAGCCGUGAAUGGCACUGCACUACCCAGCGAGCAGGCUGGCUCUGCCAGCGCCCUGCUGCCAGGCCAGUGCCAUCUGGUCCCCUCAGCUGAGCUCUGCUGUGCAGUGGAGCAAGCAGAGGAAAUCAUCGGGCUGGAGGCCACAGGCUUCACCUCAGGUGACCAGCUCGAAGCGCUCAGCUGCAUCCCAGUGGACAGCGCUGUGGCAGUGGAGUGUGAUGAGCAGGUGCUGGGGGAAUUUGAGGAGUUCUCUCGGAGGAUCUAUGCCCUCAGCGAACACAUGUCCAGCUUCCGGCGGCCACGCAGGGGUUCCGACAAGUGAACAAGCGGGCAGACCAGGCCCAAGCUGCACUUAACCUUUUUAAUAAUCCUGACACACAUGAGUAUCCAUCCGCGGAGGAGAUUCCUCAGAAAGGCUGACUCUGGGAUCACUGGGUACCAGUGGGGCCAGUCCCUGAGAUUUGCUAUCCAGGCAAAGGUCACCCUCUUGCUUACAGCUCAAGUCAUCCAAUAGGCAUUUGUCUGCGCUUCAUUUACACUUGGGUGUUUUCCUCAGAAGGAAGAUGAUAAUAUAUAUGUAAUAGAACGAAUUCACCUUUAGUUUCUCAAAAGCAUUUGCCCUCGCCAUUGUUUGUAAAACUCUGCAAAAUGGAAUAUUCAAAAAUAGCUUUCCACUACUUCCUGAGAGGUCUAUGGCCAUCCAAUUGGUUGAAUAAGAAGCAGAGUAGGAGGCCCUUGUCCAGGGCCCUCCACCCCAAGUACCACAGUCAGCCUGUAGACCCCACGGUGGCCCUGCUUUCUCAAGAUGGGCCAUGUACCCCGAAAGUGGGGCAGUAGAUUCACUAGUCUGAAGCCAGUGGACAAGUUGUUCCAUCUCGUCUAGUGUGCCAUACCCUGAAGAAAAAUUUUCCUGUGGUGGACCCCAGGGGACCCUCAGAAACCUCAAGGUCACCACAGUCAGGGAGCAGCCAGCUUCCUUUGGGGCCAAAGUUUUUAUGUGGGCAGAUGCUGUGGUCUAAACUUGGGCACACCUCUAGCAAUACACUCCCCAGAUAAAGACCCCUAGAUAUAAAUCCCAAGUUAACUUAUUACAUUUCAGUCAGAAGGAAGCCAUUCUGUACGACACAGGAUACGUAGUCAGGAUGGCCAGUUUGCAGACUGCAAGACAGUCGAGAGAGAGUUGGAUUAAGAGACUAGAUGAAGCAUAGACAGUAUGCAAUUUCACAAUGUUAAAUUAUGUUUUUGAAAUCCAUUGUCAUUCUGUAUUCAGAUUUCAUUCACUGUCGCAUUAUACGGUAUGUACCCACAGACAUUGCCUCAGGGUUGCAAGCUCUUAAAGAAAAAUUUAUCCACAUAUCCAUGUAUUGUAUAGAAGAAUAAAAAUGGAAUUUACUUCA